AACAUACCAUGCAGCACUUUAAUAACUAUUUAUUUUUCUGCAGAAUAUUAAUAUAAAAACACCAUGAAUGUAAAAUAUAUUAUUAUGAACAUGAGAAAUCUAAUAACCACUAACGGUUUCGAAAUAAUUAUGUGAAUUGACCCCUGAUUGUUUUUGUGAACUGUCAUUUCUAGUCAUUUCUGAAUUAGGUUGUGCGAGUUUUUAAAUCGCUUUUAUAAAAGAAAUUAGUGUGUGUUAUAGCAAGCAGUACUAUUUACAUAAAUCAGCACUCACUAAGGUUCUUAAAAUGAAGCCAACUGUUGCUGCCGAUGAAAUGUUUCCUGAAGGUGUCGGUCCAUACAUGGAUUUAGAAGAGGCUGGAGGACCUUCAAAUCUUCUAAUGGAUUUAGCAGCAAAUGAGAAAGCAGUACAUGCAGAUUUCUUUAAUGAUUUUGAAGAUUUGUUUGAUGAUGAAGACUUAAAAUAAACUGUUGAAAUUUUGUUUAGUUAAAAUUAUUUUACUCUAAAUAUGUAAGGUGAAGUUUAAAUAAAACAAAGUUUCUUAUUCAAAA